UUGUGCUGCCAUCUCGCCUCCUCUCCUCGGGUCUGUCCUUCCCUCAGUUGUUUGUGUGUGUUGGUUGCAGGAGGACUUGGUAUCUGUGACCUCGCAUUGCUUUACACUUAUGUCUUCAAGGACACGUUCUCCGUAGUAUUCAUUGCACUCGAGGAAAGUGUUGAAUGAGCUAUAGCCUGCGUGUGGCUCAGUGAGGAGUGGUGGAAGCAGGCAUGAGUGGUAUGAUGAGAUGAGCAUGAUGUCUGAUGGCGGGGGGCAGGGAGGAGGCGAGUCAAGCAAACCCUACGACUACUUGCUGAAGUUCCUCUUGGUGGGCGACAGUGAUGUUGGAAAGCACGAGAUCCUCCAGCCACUUGAGGAUGGCUCCACUGAGUCACCAUUCUGUGUGGGCAGUGGUCACAAAACCACUACAAUCCUUCUGGAUGGUAAGAGGGUCAAACUCCAGCUCUGGGACACCUCGGGUCAAGGCCGGUUCUGCACCAUCAUCCGGUCAUAUUCACGAGGUGCUCAGGGAAUCCUGCUGGUCUAUGACAUCACCAACAAGUGGUCCUUCGAAGGCCUGGAUCGAUGGAUGAAGGAGAUUCAAGAGCAUGCUCCUGGUGUCCCCAAAGUGCUGAUAGGCAACAGACUCCACCUGGCAUUCAAGCGUCAGGUGAGCCAGAGUCAGGCAGAACAGUAUGCUGCCAAGAAUCAUGUCAACCUCUUUGAAGUGAGUCCACUGUGUGACUUCAACAUUGUGGAAAGCUUCACAGAACUGUCCAGAUUAGCACUGAAGCGCAAUGGCAUGGAGAGGCUGUGGAGGGCAAAUAAAGUGUUAACCCUCCAGGAACUUUGCAGUCGUGCCAUUGUGGCCUCUACCACUGUAUAUGGCAUUGAGCAUCUUCCACUUCCUCAACCUUUGAAGUCACAUCUUAAAAGCUACACCAUCCACAACCACACCACACGAUUAAGACAGGGAAUUCCAGUCACAGACAAACAUAAAAAGAAGCACUUAAUGAUACCAGGCGACACGACCACCUCCUGCGUCAGUACUUCAACGUGUACCAUAUGCUAGUCAUGUCCACCACCCAUGAGUCACCGUCACCUGCCUCCACCCACUGACCUCGCUUGCACCAACACAUACCACUCACCACAGCAGGAUGUUUUAUUAUUUAAAGAAGUGCCAGUGUUGCAAUCCCUGCACCAAAAUAAGACAAACAUGGACUCUCCAACACUAAUGUCCUCAAACCAUCACGGACGUGUGUUUGUGUGAGUGUAUCUUCAGUGUUCACCUGGAGAGAAGUGUGUAGAGGAAUCAUGGUACAACAGCACCUUCAAAAGUAUCUUUAUUUUUUAACCUGGUGCUUGAAUGUCGGUGUGUAAACUGGAAGUGACUCCAUUAUUGACACUAGCACAUUUGAUGCAGCAGUGAUAAUCAACAGCAAGCAGUGUGAAGGAAGCCUCAGGGUGGUGUAGAUUUGUAUACAUAGAUAUAUAAACAAAACUGGAUAUUUCAGUUUGUGCUCUGUUAUAUACCAUUGAUCAUGUCAGCACUGGGGAAAUACUUGUUGAUGUGAUGACGCAGUGAAUGGAUGAUUAAUUGUAGUUAUUUAUUGUAUUUAAGUGUAAAGAGUCCUGUACGGGGUUGUAAAAUAUGUAAUGUAAUACUUAGGUAGUAUAUAUUGUGCAGCAUUAGGUAUGAACCAGAUCUUUGUAUAUACAUACUACAUGAAUACAUGCAUACAUACAUAUACACAUGUGAAUAAUGGCUUCUGAUUAUUUAAGGUGUUUAAGACAAAUAGAGAUAAAAAGACGCAACACUAAUGGCAGAUAUAAUCUUACUCAUGAUUUAAGUUUGAGGCUAGCAUUUGUAAGACCAAGGCAGGUAGACAGAUUGGUGGGUUAGGCUCCUGCAAGUAGAGCAAAUAUAUUGCAUUAACUUAAAGUACUAGCACAUGAAUCACUUUCACCUGUCACUCCUACGUCUCUUUCAAUGCCUUCUACAGUACAGCAGGUCAUUCCACUGAAGAAGCUAGCUAGCCAUUUCAACCCAUGGUGAACAAUUUCAAAUUGUUGAAAAGUGAAGUCUUUCACUUAAUAUUAAGGCACUUAAUAUCAAUCACUGUUAGAAAGUCCUGGAUGUCCGUACUGAACUUUGAUUGUAAAAUAGGAAAAAUUGAUGAAAUAAUUUUUGUCUCCCUUCAUGCUGUCCAAAGUUAUCAUUACCUCCACCCAAAGGUAAGGUCAUUGGAGUUAUCAUUAUAAGCAUAGAAGUGGCAGCUAUAAAUGCUAACAUCUUACUCCAACCUAUAAAUUAACAUCCAUAUGUUUAAUAUCCCUUGUCAUUUGACUUCCAUCCAACAGGUCAUGCUUCUCUUGACAAAUCAACAAACAUUUCUCAAACCUUGUGUUCCACUUUUGGAGCCGAAUGUAUUUCAAGAAUAUUUUGUUGUCUGGGGUCACACACACCUGAACCUACCUUGGACUUCAUUACUGAGGUGACUUGAGUGUAACACUGAAAGUGAUUGGGGUUGAAAAAACACAGGAUUAGAUAGUGUGAUCUUAUAAGAAAAAGUGCAUUGGAUUAGUUUUCUAAGUAGGAGCUGACAUGUGGUUAGGAUUCCUGCAAAGUUUUGGACAGUGAAUUGAGUGAAAGGUGGUGGUGAUCCAAGUUGAGUUUUAAGAAUGAAAUGGAAACAUGAAUAGAGUGAUGCAGUGUUAGUUUUGACCGUUACAUAUGCUUCAUAUGUAUCAUAACACAAGUGUUUAUGUUUCUGUUACAAGUGUGAAUGUUUGUUGCUGAUAUUCUUAUGUUGGUAUUACAUAGUACAAUAAAUUCAUCAUUGAAAGUCAUAAAUAAUUAAGGAGUUGCAGUUUUAGCAAUAAUGUAAUGUAUAUAUGUAAAUGGGAUUACAAUACCAAUAACUACCUUCAGUAAUUGCUUAACAUGCACACACACACACACACACACACACACACACACACACACACACACACACACACACACACACACACACACACACACACACACACACACACACACACACACACAUUCAUGGCAAAGCAGGCUUCCAAGAAGUCACAGAAGGCAGUGCUGGGACUAAUAGUUUAGGAGUUGCAUCAGCCCAGUCACUGCUUGGGCACAGCCAUUGAGGAUGUAAUUUAGAAAAAAAAAAAAAAAAUGAAAUUCCAUGAUUAAAUUUCAUUUUUUUUUUUUUUUUUUUUUUUUUCUCUCUUUUCUUUUCUUUAUCAGAAUUACAUCACAUGUCACUAACUUGUCCCAAAGGCUUGUGGUCUGAAAUGAUUGUUUUCCGUCCUGCUUGGGUUUCUGCAAGUGGUCAGUUAGUGUUUUAAGUGCUUCUAAAAGUUGAUAAGGUUGCAGAGCCAUUAUCAUCAUUCAUGGCGUGUAUUGCUGUAGUGUACAUAAAAUAGCACAUUAUCAUUGAAUACUUUUUAUUGAAGAUGUUGAUAAUGUUUAUUUCUAUUAAAAUAUUGUGAAAAUGACAGUGGUCUGAAAUGACCUUGCAGGUUCUGAAUUAUUGUUCUCAGCACUAGUUUUUUUCUUGACACAUUUAUGCUACUCAAAAUCUAGAUUAUUCAGUUUGAAAUACUAACUUAAGAAAACAUUGCCUUGUGCCUGUAAUUGAGAAAUGCCGUACUGUCACUUGAAUUACACCUCUCCACUCUUAGAGGAACCUUUGCAUUCACUCUUGAUAGGAUAGACCAACGAUUGAUCUGUCUUCUAUUGAGUAUUAGGACACAAAUCAAUCUUUUUUUUUUUUUUUUUUUUUUGUAAAAAGCUGUAAUUAUCACACAGGUUGGUUUAAUUAUAAGAACAAUUUACUUACCAUUGAAUUAAUCCAAGGAAAUUACAGGAGAUUAAUAAUUUAUUUUGUUAUACAUUAAGAUUUGUAUGGAGCCAAAGAUAUAUGAUAGAUUUCUGAGUAUCACCAUUUGAUUAGAAAUUGUAUAAUUCCUCAGUGUUAGCAAGACAUACUGUGCAUCCUGGAGUGUCAUUCACCUGUAGUGUAACUGUUUGGGAUCCAAAGUCACUUAACGAGGAAUUAUGGCAAAAUACUUAAGACCUUAAUUUUGAAUGCUAGGUCUGCAGUCAGGUCCAUAGUUCCAAGUUCAAGUAUGAUAUGUCUAGAAUGUAGCUUAAGGUCCGUGAUAAGAGAGGAGCAUACAAGCUAAAUUUAUAUGUAACACCUGUUACUGGGAAGAUAUUUCUGUACACUAAUGAGAGUAAUUCAUUGGUUUAAUUGUUGAUACAGGAUAGGUUAUCUUGUGUAAUGUGUGCUACACAUGGUGGAUUGGUGUACUAAACCAAUAAUAAUGCUGGAACUCAAAAAAAACUGCAAUAUGACAUAAUGUGAUGAUACUAAUUUGUAAUGUUAUUAAGUCAUGGAAGUUAUAUUAGGCAAAGCAAGAAAUGUGAGUUAGGUACAGACACUAAUGCAGGUGAAUGACUGUUUCCAAGCGUACUAAGUUGUCCACACUAGAGUAUGUUUUGAUUUAUUGAAGGUUGGUGUGCAAACGUCUUAGGCUGAACAUUGUGAAUGAUAUGAAUACUAAAAAAAAGUAGCAUGUAUUGAUCAGCAGUGAAUAAGUUUUAUACAGGAAAGAUGAGGAUGGCUGGUAUCAAGCACUGCAUUGCACUGUACUGUGAUUAUAUCAAAGAGUCCAGCCUGCCUCAGCACCACCACUUGUAUGUAUUUCUCAUCAGGUAUGGAGGAAGAUAACAUUUUGUAAUGCUUUUGAGCGAUCACUUGUUGAAUCGAACAUGCCGUUUAACAGUGUCAGUUGAGGAUCAUGCAAACUAUCUUGAAAUAUGACCAAGCAUUAUUCAGUAAUCUUGGAAACAAAUUUUUUAAUAUUUAGAUCACUAAGUAAAGAUGAACAGAAAUUAUCUUUUUCAUGUUUUGUAUUUCAUGUAAGGCUCUUAAAAUGGUUUUAGGUAGUAAGAAGUGGAGGCUGUUGAAAAAUUAAUGUAUAAUUUUCAGAUGCAUAGUAUAUUUUUUCAUCUUUCAAUCAGUUUUGCAGUCUGUGUGCAAUAUUGGGGCAGCUCUUUGUCCAGUGUAUAGCUCUUGUCAUGUGUGGGGAUCUGUUAUCCUCAGGAGGUAGGUGAGACAGAGCUGACGAUUACAUGAUAGGCUAUCAAUAUAUGCUGAAAGAAAUAGAGGAGGCUUUGAUUCCAAGUCACUGAGCCAGGGGUGGGGAGCCUUUGUCCUAUCAAAGGCCACCUGAAUAUUUCCAACAGGUAGCAGACCAUAGAAAAAAAUAUUAAGCCUAACGUAUCUAUACUGAUCCUGUUCUGACCAUGUCAUGCCAACCUACCAGAGGGUGUGUGAGAACGUGAUGUGUAUCAAAGGCAAGGAUGGGUCUUGCCUGUUUGCUGGUAUGAUACAUUUUCCUUGGUAGAUGCUUGGAGUGAUACAAACUUGCAAACUGUCAUUAUUUCUUAUAUGUAUUACUGAUUUACUAUGUGUAUUCAAGAAUAUGAUGCUGUCAUAUUCUGAGUUCAUUGAUAAUUAUUUUGAUUCAAGUGACAUGUAGCCAAGUACAUAAUAUGAAUAUGUUACAUAUUAUUCAUUCUUGACUCAUGGUUUUAUGAAGUAAACAGCAUUGCAGACCUGGUCAAACAGCCCUACAGGUUUUAUAUGGUCCAGAGGCCAGAGGUUCCACACCCCUGCACUAAGCACUUGAAGAUGACCAUAGUCUACUCUGGUAAUGUACAAACCAAUGCCUUCAACUCUCUAGGGUAGGAAAUUAUAAUUGCUGUGAUGGUUAAUCAGUUUAAUUGCUACCCUUAGUAUUUCUUUUACAGAAUAUUUCUGGUAUAAACUUUUGUUAGGUAUAUUAUGAUUAAGAUUUAUUUCUGUAGCUUGUAUGAAUAUGACACUAAAAAUUACAAAGAAUAUAGUACUCAGUCAAACCUUUCUUUUAAACCUGCAGGAUAUUUUAGCACCUGUUAUAUGUAUGUAUCAUGUUUAUUUUGUGACAGAUUUGUUUAUCUGCAACUUAUUUUUAUAACACUUGCAUUAAAUCCAUCGUGCUUAAUAUGUGAAAACUUAUUUCCACAGUACUCAGUACUCUAAUAAAUUUAAUAAACUACAUAAUGAA